CGGUUUAGUUGAUGCGCGGUAGUAAUGGGAAGCUCUCAUCAGCCAAUGAAGGAGCGCAGCUGGCUAACAAACCUGUUUUGCUUCUCGGUGGGGCAGUAAUGUGAAACCCGGAUCCGCCCCUGCCCAGUCCUUCCUCACAUCGCUGCAGGGUGUGCCGUCUCAUUAUUACAUUACUCAUUAGCAUAGCUUACGAGUUUCGAGUGAGGACGUAAACAGCAGGCAGGUGUGUUGAAAUUGAAACACAGAGCAUCAGCUAACGAACCCUGAACUGCAGCACUGAGAAAUCGGGAACGUUUUUUCAGUCGAGGGGAACCAGCUGAAGUUUCUGGGAACCAAAAUGUCUUCAAAACCAUAUGGAAGCCCUCCGCCCUAUCAGCCUGGGAGUGGAUACAACCCAUCAAACUAUGCACCGAGCAGAGACGUGUACGGGGAGCCUAUGGGUUCCCAGCCUGCAUUCUCCUACUAUCCAGAGGAGGAGCAGGAACAGAAUUUCUACAAGUGGACCUCCCCGCCAGGAAUCAUCAAGAUCCUCGCCGUAAUCAUCGUCAUCCUGUGUGUCGGCAUCUUUGCCUGCAUAGCUUCCACGCUGGCUUGGGACGUAGACAUGGCCAACAUGGGUGGCAUGGGCAUGGGCAUGGGCACAGGAAUCGGAGGGUACGGCGGAUACGGGGGCGGCUUCGGCUCGGGAUCCUCAUCCUACGGCGGCUACAGUGGGGCAGGAAUGGGCGUCGGAGGCAACUACACCGACCCUCGCACAGCCAAGGGCUUCCUGAUUGCCAUGGCUGCCAUUUGCUUUAUCGGGAUGCUGGCGGUGUUCAUCAUCACUGUCUCCAGGUCGAACAUAGCCAGGUCUCGAAAGUUCUACCUGGGUGUGACCAUCUCCUGCGCCAUCCUUGCCAUCAUGAUGUUCAUCGCCACCAUCGUCUACCUCAUUGGGGUGAACCCCACUGCGCAGGCCGCUGGCUCCGCCUUCUACAACCAAGUGCUCAUGCUGUGCGCGCAGUUCCAGAACCCGCAGCAAUCGGGGAUCUUCAUCAACCAGUAUCUGUACCACUACUGCGUCGUGGAACCACAAGAGGCCAUUGCCAUCGUGUUUGGCAUGAUCGUCACUGUGGCAUUGGCCAUUAUGAUUUUCUUUGCUGUGAAAACACGCGGCAAGAUAAAUAAAUAUGGGAAAAUGAACAUCAACUGGGAAAAGGAGCAUGUUCCAGUCGAAGGAACAGCCAAUGUCGAGGAUUGGGUAAACAAUGUGACGGGAGAGCCGGGUGAUCUGGUGUCCGACUAUCCGGAGAAAUUCAACGGCUCAAUGUGUGUGGUGGAUGAGGAGCCCAGCAGAGACCAGUCCCCCCCUCCUAAAGUGUCGGCUCCUCUGAUGAGCAUGCCGCCCCCCAACGUGUACAGCAGCAGCUCGGAGGGCCCGUCGACUCAGAGGAAGCCGCCCAAGAAGAGGAGACCAGGCCGGGCCAGGAAAGCAGACACACAGGACUACGAGACAGACUACACCACCGGAGCGGAGUCCGGGGAGGAGCUGGACAACGACGACCUUGAAAGCGAGUACCCUCCGAUCACUGGAGUCCAGCAAAGGCAGGAAUACAAGCGCGAGUUUGACGCUGACCUGCAGGAAUACAAGAAGCUGCAGGCGGAGAUGGACGAAAUCAACAAGGACCUGUCUCGGCUGGACAGACAGCUGGACGAGCUGCAGGAGGGGACGCAGGAGUACGAGUCUGUUGCUGAUGAAUUUUACUUAUUAAAGGACAAAAAGAAAUCUGCCGAUUAUCAGAAGAAAAAACAGCGCUGCAAAUACCUGAAAGCAAAACUCUCUCACAUCAAGAAGGUGGUCGCUGACUACGACCGAUCAUAAACAUCCCAAUCUACAGUCUACCCAACACAGCCUCAUUGAUAACAACCUUGAAUCUGUGAGGAUGGCGAGGAGGAGAAAACACACACACACACACACACACACACACACACACACAUACAGGCCAUUCAGCUGUGUGCUCGUGAUUUGUAUGCAAUUUUUGUAUGUGGUUUUAAUUAAUUAAUUAAUUAAAUAAAUAGAUAGAGUAUUUGGAGAAAGAUGAUCAAUACAAUGUUAUAGGGCUUGCCUUGUUUUCUAACCUGUCCUAAUUAACGUUAAGUGUGAUCUGUUAAAAAUAACACACUACUGUUUUUUUGUGAAAUCACGUAAUUGAAUCUUUUAGCUGACAAGGUAACUGGGAGGGUUAAGGUUAUGGAGACUUUCACAACCUUACCUUUGUGUUCUGUUCGAAUGCAGUGUGUAGCUUAUUGGCCAGUGUCUUUGGUUAUGAGUUUUUUUGUGUUUUUUUUUUAUUGGGCGCACAUUAUUGGAGGUUAACUCUUUAAAUUUGGCUACUGACCAUUGAUUGAACCCUCGGUCCUCAGCCUCCACAAUCUGCUCUGCCUGUCAUGGUUUCUGCACUGAAAUAAGGAUCAUUUUGCCACGUUUAUUGCUAGCAGUAGUUUGUAAAGACAGAUGGAAUCUUCCUCUGUCAUGAGUUUGUUUUAUUUUUCUGAAAUAACUGGAAUUGAACACAUUUUGAAAAGUUUUGUAAAUACAAAUGUACGAUUUGAUAUUUUUGAUUAUAUUUUUAAAAUGUAAAUUUUUUAAUUGCCUUUUAUAUUUGUUGUGUACAUAUUUUUUUUUAAAUACAUUGGUGGUGUUCAUCUGUUUUUUUUUUUUCCAUCUCUUUGUAUAGAGCCGUUAGUUUAAAAAAAUAAAGAAUACGUGAAAAGAGGGAUGGGUCAAAUUACAGCUGUUGCAGUCUUCAAGGAAUCAUAUUGUAGAAAUUGAAUUACCUGUAAGGUAUGGUUUUCAGUAAAUGUUUUAGCAUUAUAUGUGAAAUUUCAUUAAAACUGUAUAACAUUUCAAA